AGCAUGAACUGUCUGUAUCGCGCUCUGACGUACUUCGGCUCGGGGGAUUUACAAUAUGGCAAGACGCUUGUUUCUUCGCGUCUCGGGAAAUACUAUAUUCAUAUAAAAACGGUCGUGCCCACCACAGAGCAUCAUUACACUUCAAGCUUACUCCAAGCAACGUUAUCCCCGAAUAUUUUCUUCAAGUGUCGGUAACACUCGCUUGAAAUACUAUUUACAUUUUAUAUUGUGGAAUAUUCAUAACAGUUUUUCAAGCAAAAUGGAUUACAAAUUCGGAGUAGCACUGUUCGUCAGCGCCAUUAUCUGCACAGCCCAGGCCCUGCCCCCCUGCACGUGCACGAGGAACUACCUCCCCAUCUGCGGGUCCAACGGGGAGACCUACAGCAACCAGUGCCUGCUAGACUGCGCCAGGUACAACACCCACCAGGACAUCACCGUCGUCAAGCAAGGACCCUGCGAGAGCGAGCAACAGACCGUCGUUGUCGGUGAAUCAUGCGUGUGCCCACUCCUCUACCUCCCAGUGUGCGGUUCUGACGGCUCCACUUACCCCAACGAGUGCAACCUUAACUGCAAGAAACAGGACUUCCCUGGCCUUGCCCUGCGCCACGCUGGUGCCUGUGUCGAGGCCAAUGAUGAGGCUCCCGUCUGUGUCUGCACCCGGGAGAAGAAGCCCGUCUGUGGCAGCAACGGCAACACCUACGCCAACACCUGCCUCCUGAACUGCGCCAGCGCCAAGGACGCCACCCUCCGCAUGGCACACCCCGGCCCCUGCCAGGACAGAGUCAAGAUCCAGGAGCCCGGCGUCCAACUCUACGCGGACAAUGCAGGGCUGUACCCACCAAGUGAAGAACUGAAUGAUGAACAAGGAGGGGGUGACGAUGAUGUCUGUGACUGUCCGAGAACUAAAAGGCUGGUGUGUGGCACUGACGGUGUGACGUACUUCAACCUUUGCAGUCUCAUCUGUGCAAGCGAUAAGGAUCCUAGCAUAAUAAUCACCGCAUCAGUACUGCUGGCGGUACUACCAGGGAUCAACUCAAGUACUUGCACAAGUUACGCAGCCCUAUCAGAGCCCUGCGGCUGCACGAUAUCGAAAGACAACCUCGACCCGCUGUGCGGUUCCGACGGCGGAACCUACCUGAACGAAUGCUUCUUAGAGUGCGAAAAGACGUUGAGUAAUGUCGAUAUUAGAAUUGACCAUAAAGGUAUGUGCCAGGGUGACGCUCGGUGCUCCUGCCACCCAAGAUAUGAGCCUGUGUGUGCUUCCAAUGGAGUCACAUACUCCAACGACUGUGUCUUGCAAUGCAACAUCCGAAAGGACCCUUCUAUCCGUUUGAAUCAUAAAGGAGAAUGCCAGAGUGAUGCACCUUCACGGACAUUAUCAAAACCAACAUUAAAGACAUGUACUUGCAACCCGGCGAGCGGUCCAAUGUGCGCUACGAAUGACGUCACUUAUCCCAAUUACUGCGUGAUGAGCUGCUAUUCUGAUGCCCUGAACGACAGUUCCAUAGAUUUUGCGUACUGGGGAGUGUGCAACCCCGAAGAUACCUUGAAGUUUAAGGAGUCAACGACCAAAAACUGCAAAGAAACGCCAUCAAAACAAUAUGACAGCCCUGCUGGCAAUGACUAUUAUCAUGGGGACGAUGGCGACGAAGCUUCAAAACUCAAAGAGCCACAGGGCACUAAGAGUCGUUGCACAUGCGCGGCGGUGCACAAGCCAGUCUGUGCAAGCAACCAGAAGACAUACCCCAACGUAUGCGUGUUACAUUGCUAUGCCAAAAAGGACUCUAAGAUCAAAUUCUUAAAGAUGGGCGAUUGUUCCAGCGAGCCUGCUCGAUUGGUGUCAAGGUAUUGGGGAGUUGAUGAUAAACCGUCACUCCGCGUGCAUCGCUCCCGCAGGGCAGACCGUCGGAACAACAAGCAGAGGUGGCGGCGUCACGAUAAAUCCAACAAUUAAGACAAUAAAUUACCUAUAUUGCCA